GGCGACAUGACAGCUAGCCUAGCCUAGCCCAGCUCAUUCAGUACUGCUGAACCUGACUCCGGCUCGAGGUUUCGGCCAGAAGAGCUGCGUUUUCUGGCUUUGCCAGCUGUGGUGAGGAGAAAAGCGCGGGUUAUGGUCCAGCUUUAGAGGUGCAGCCUAAGCCCACCCCUCCCUGUGUCCCUGUGGCCGAGGGUCUGCGAGGAGGAGACGCUGUUACAGCCUUCAGGACUGUCUCACACAGAGAGAGAGGACUAGAUUUAAUGCCAGCCCCAACAAACAGCCAGACUGUGAUGGAUAAAUACCUGCCACCUCAGUUCCAGCAAGGCUCAGAGCAUAAGUUCAAUCAGGACAGCUUCCUGACGAUGGAACAAGGCUCUCCCUACAGCAUCAACAUGAAUGUCUUCCUUCCUGAUGUCACUUAUCUCCGGACUGGACUCUGCCGGCCCGUUAGGCCCACCGCACCACAAAUGAAGCCCGAACCCAUGCAGUCUCUCAACUACCCAAGCUGUCACCAUACACCAGCCCCAGAGUACUCACAGUUCUUCAGUACAGCAAACGGAGCCGGCAACAACACUUUCAUCAAACAGGAGACGCCUCCAAUUGACUUUCAGGAUGUUCCUUUAUUUCAGCUUUUGAAUUCAGACCUGGAGCCUGCAGUGUCUGCCGCUCACUCUUUCAUUGAGCCUCACAACAGCGUUUGCUCAUCAAUGUCAUCAUACAGCAACAUGCACUCACAAGCCACUCAGAUUACAGGAAGAUCCAUGUGUGAUCUGGGCAGUAAUGGGCCUCCUUCCUCUGGCCACUUUGGUCAGCAGCAGCAGCAGAAAGCAGCCUACCUUCCACCCUCCCCUCCAAACUCAGAGCCGGGGAGCCCAGACAGGAGGAAAGAACUCAUACACAACCUGUCACCACCACCCUCCUACGCUGCCAGCAUGGCAUCUAAACUGGUAGGGCCAGCCUUAGGCCCUGGAGCAGCAGCCAUGGCAGUGCAAACACAAGCAAUGCAUGUCAGGUAUAACCGUAGGAACAAUCCUGAUCUAGACAAGAGGAGAAUACAUCAUUGCGACGUCCCAGGGUGUAAGAAAGUCUACACCAAGUCCUCUCAUCUGAAGGCCCAUUUACGGACUCACACAGGCGAGAAGCCGUACAAAUGCUCCUGGGAGGGUUGCGAUUGGCGCUUUGCCCGUUCCGAUGAGCUGACGCGCCACUUCAGGAAGCACACGGGGGCUAAGCCAUUCCAGUGUGCCGUGUGCAGCAGGAGCUUCUCCCGAUCCGACCACCUGGCCCUGCACAUGAAGAGACACCAGACUUAGAACUACAAGCACUGCCUGGCCAGUCAAUGCUCCAAGCUGCCUCCUUGUUUGUGUUGGUAGGCGUCGGUGUGUUGGUUACGCUUUGGUUUCGGCAACUCAUGAGGUGUACGGGAGUGAACUGUGUUGGCACUAGGCCUGUAGCCCCUGUGGGACGCAACAACAGCUAAAUGAUGCCAACUUAGCUGAGAGAUUUGUCAUCAGCUCUUUUUUUAAUUUAUCGUGUUCAUGACUAAAGUACUUUCAGUGCCUUUUCCAUUUUUAUUGAACAUAGAAGCUACUACAAAUGCAAAUGUACCGUCCAGUCCACUGCACCUUACUGUUAAAUGAUUUAGCUGAAAAAAAGUUGCGAUUUUAUCCUUAGAUCAAUUUAGCUUUAACAAGGACAGUCAUGAAAUUAAAGAGUUUUGUGGAAAAAAAAACAACAACACGAUUUUUUGCUAAUCCCAGAUGUUAGUUUUUUAGGAAGAAGAUUUGGGUGACUGUUGACUUCUUUGUGUUUGUUAGUCACAUUAGCCUUAUAGCUCCAGUUCUAAACUUGUUCUACAUUAAUUUCACAACUGUUCUUGUUAAAGCUCAGUUAAUCUAAGGAGGAUAUCUCACCCCAGUGGUCCAAGUUCCAAGGCCUGCUUUCUUCAGUUCUGAAAAAACCAAAGAACUCUGAGAGCAACGUGAAGCCCAAAUGCUGAUUCAUAAAGACAUGAACAGCCCUUUUCAAAAGAACCACUUGAUUAAAAACAAUUCAAGUAUUCAAUUAAUUCAAGUAUUGAGUCUCAGAUACCAAAGAAAGAAGUAAUCCAUUGUAUCAGUGUACCUAUGGAAGGAGGUAUCCAUGUGUUUGUUUUUUUUUUUAAUCAAAGCACAAUUCAGAAAUGAACACUCCUGGUCACUUCAAAUGGAAAGUUGCUAAUGCUGCAUUUCACCAUAGAACAACCAUAAAUGCUGGUUUUAUGAUUUUUAUGGAUGGUUCUGAACACUUAUUUGGAAUGUUAAAGCUUUAAGUGUAAAUAUUGUAAUUGUUUUACUCUGUAUUAUUUAUUUUUUUGAGAUUGGGUGUUUUUCUACUCUAUAAAAGACUUCUCUAUGCACAUGGAAGAUGUGUGUAGAGUUCUGGGAAUGAUGGUUUUAAUUAUUAAAAGAAAUCUUAUCUUUCAGAUCAGUGAAGAACUACAUGAUUGCCUUUAGAUAAGCAGAUAAUGCUUCAGUUUGUAACUGUUAAAAAGGCUUACAGAGUGUUUUGUGUGUACUGUAUGUGUGGUCUCAUAAACUUUACUUUCCACUGCAGUAA